CUGAUCUUUCAAUUUAAUGGUGGGACCGGUAGAUCCAGUCUGACGCUGAUGAACCCAGUCCGUGCUCCUACAUAUCAGCGCAUCAUGUGACGUCGCCUGUCGCGCUGCACGCGGGAGUCAUUCAACGUGGAGUCUUGUUUUUAUACAGUACUUCUUCUGUCGUUUUAUCGGCUCACAGAGCAGAAACUGAGCAGACAGGUGAGAUGUUGACCCCCAAGCUGCUGACCCUGGUGCUGGUGGUGCAGCCGGGCAGGGUGCUGCUCGGCAUGAAGAAGAGAGGAUUUGGGGUUGGGAAGUGGAACGGGUUUGGGGGCAAAGUUCAGCCUGGAGAGACCAUUGAAAGUGCUGCAAGGAGAGAGCUGGAAGAAGAAAGCGGGCUCACAGUGGACGCUCUGGAGAAGAUCGGAAACAUCAAAUUUGAAUUUGUUGGAGAAACGCAGCUGCUCGACGUCCAUGUUUUCCGAGCCGACGAUUAUAAUGGAGAACCAACAGAGUCAGAAGAGAUGCGGCCUCAGUGGUUCGAAUGUGACAAAAUUCCUUUCAGUCAAAUGUGGGCCGAUGACAUCCUGUGGUUCCCACUGAUGCUCCAGAAGAAGAAAUUUGUGGGAUACUUUAAGUUUCAAGGUCACGAUGUGAUCCUCAGCCACAAACUGGAGGAAGUGGAGCAACUGUGAGAUGACCUGCGUUUUUGGGGACAUUUUUUUUACUGCAACAAAAAACCAUCAAUCUUCCAAAGUUCCUCUUUAAAUUUUAAAGCUGUCACACGGUUCAGCGUUUGUUGUUCAGUUUCACUUGUGGGAGGAAACGGCAAGAUUCCAAGAACCAUGUUAACUGUACGUGUGUUUACAUGUAAAAUGACUGUAACUUCUUCUUUUCUUUUUUUACGUGUUUUCUUUAGAAAUAUAGCCAGCUGAAGAUCUUUUUUUUUUAGUCACACCUUUUUAAAAAUGAAUAAAAUAAAGCCAUUUACUGACAGAAAUAUCCAUUGUUAUUUUAUUUUUCAGGAUAACUGAUUUAACACAGUUCAGCAAGAAUUCCUUUGAUAAAAUAUUUACAAUAUCUACACUGACAAUUUUAUUGGAUUUCAUAUUCUGUGCAAGUUAGAUAACUUGAUUCCUGAUGCAUUUUUCUUGCCAAAACAAAUGUUUCAUACUGUAUAUACAGUAUUACAGUUUCUUCAUAGAAUAAAAGUUGAAAUAUGUGCACAUAUCCUGAUUUGCAUGUUGGCAUUGCUCAUUUCAACAGUCAUUUCGGUGUGUUAGAUGGUGUUAGUUGGUGACAGUUUGUGAGGUAACAUGAGAGCGUAUAUGGCAAAUUGUCCCUUUGACUUUAUGUUUUAUAAAAUACAAGAUAAACUGUAUGUGUAUAGACACUAAUAUGCAUAGUUGUUUUCAUGCCAAAUAUCUGAAAAAUAGAAAGUCUAAUAGUGUAUGAAAAAGGAUGAAAUGGCUUGUUUGCCCUGAUACACACUGGG